AUGUGCGGGCGCCGCGGCCGGCAGCCCGGGCCCCGCCUGUGCUGGCUGCUGUGCUGCAGCGCCCUGCUGUCCCCGGCCACGGGCUACGUGAUCGUGAGCUCCGUGUCCUGGGCCGUCACCAACGAGGUGGACGAGGAGCUAGACAGCGCCUCCACCGAGGAGGCGCUGCCCGCGCUGCUGGAAGACUCGGGAAGCAUCUGGCAGCGGAGCUUCCCGGCCUCGGCGCACGAGGAGGAGUCUCACCUGCCGCCCCCGGAGGGCACCGCCCGCGCCAGGCCGCCCCCUGCGCCGCCCGGGAUGUUCUCCUACCGGCGCGAGGGCAGCGCGAGGCUGCGCCCGGGCACCGCCCGCUUCCUGGCCCACGCCAGCGCCUGGGGCUGUCUGGCCACCGUGUCCGCUCACGAGAAGAUCCCAGGACUGCCGUUUGGGAACUGCCUGCCGGUCAGUGACGGCCCCCUCAACAACAGCACGGGGGUUCCUUUCUUCUACGUGACACCCAAGGACCUCCUGGUGGCUGAUCUGAUGAAGAACCCCACGGCCUCCCUCCUGCUGCCGGAAUCUGAAGGAGAGUUCUGCAGAAAAAAUAUCGUCGACCCAGAAGAUCCCCGCUGUGCCCGGUUAACGCUCACUGGCCAGAUGGUCGCGGUGUCUCCGGAAGAAGUGGAAUUUGCCAAGCAAGCCAUGUUUUCAAGACACCCAGUUAUGAGGAAGUGGCCUCGUCAGUAUGAAUGGUUCUUUAUGAAGAUGAAGAUAGAACAUAUCUGGCUUCAGAAAUGGUAUGGAGGAGUAGCUGACAUUUCCAGGGAGGAAUAUUUCAAAGCAGUUCCAAGAAAGGCCUGAUGGAGUGAGAAGAAGGUCCUUGAUGUUUGCGUAAAAUGAAAACCUUUUGAGCGAUGCUGCCAGACAGCAGUUGACUGCUGUCUCUUUGUGAAAGGGUUCACUGCAGCCCUGUCAGUCUUACAGCAGAGUGAGAGUGGGUCACCAGGGACCCCUGUGCUAGCUGGAGAUUGGAGUGGCCAUUUGCAAAUGGCCAGAUCAUACAGGGACUUCACAUAGAGAGUCUGUUUACAUGUGUUCAGUCCAGACUCACCUAUGUGGGAUCACUGUUGGUUGUCAAGUUGAG